CUUGGAGUACGGCACAAGCUUUCAUUGCAGAAAAAGCUUCAACAGUGUGACAGACUCUGUGAGUAGGGUUUAUGGUGGUGCAGUGGAGCCGAGAACUAGAGGACAAAGGCUUUUCAAUGCAAUGUUCUUCCUCAUGGUGGUCACGCAGAGCUGACGACGGUGGCCGACGGCGGUAGGAGCUCUCAAACUUCAAGCGUUAGCCUUGUUGAUCUGUGCCCAAAGAUUUUCAACUUUCCUUUCUAGAAAAACCCUUCCGUACACAACCCAUUGCUCAGUUUUCUUCGAAGAGGCAAGAGUCGGAAGCUGUAGGCGAGCUGAGAGUGAUGGGGAAAAACCCAGAAACAAGCUUGGGGGGAAAUGGCGGUGGUUCGGAGAAAGGUGAGCGAUUUCUGGGAAUUCAGAGUGAUGGAAAAAAAGGGAGGAAGCGUGGUAGGAAGAGAGGCAGAGAUUUGGCGGGUAAAGGUGAUUGGGUAGCUCCAACUUUGAAGAAACAUGGCGGGUCGUGCAGGAGGAGGGCUAGAUAUUUGGUGGCUGAGAAAGAUGUGCAAGGUGGUGGCGGAGGAAGCGAAAAUGCCCGAACCGGUAGUGCAAAUGGGGCUCGGAAUGGUGAGAAAUGGGAUCCUACAGUGGGUCUGGGGAACGAGGAAGAUUGUGGGAUUGGUGUGUUGGAUUUGAAAGAAGGUGAAGGACAAGGGGGUAGUGGUAUUGGUGGUGAGGAAUUUCAUGGAGCUUUGGGUGAGGAACGCGGUACAAGUGAGAAAGUCAAGGGGUCUGCAAGGGGAGUCGAGAAGUCUGUGAGUGCAGAAUGCGUAAAUAAGCAGAGUUCAAAAUUUGUUCAGGAGAUGUCUUUGUCUUGCCAUCAAUGUCAGAGGAAUGACAAGGGUAGGGUUGUUCGGUGCAGAUUGUGUAAAAGAAAGCGGUUUUGUAUCCCUUGCAUACAAUCUUGGUAUCCUCAAAUGUCAGAGGAUGUCAUUGCUGAGGCUUGUCCUGUAUGCCGUGGCAAUUGCAAUUGCACAGUAUGCUUACAUAAACCUUCUCAGUAUUUGAGGAACCUUGAAUUCAACAUUUCCGAAGAUGAAAGGGUUGAGCACUCUAUGUAUUUGGUUCAAACAUUGCUUCCAUUCUUGAAAAGGAUUAAUGCUGAACAAAUGACUGAGAUGGACAUGGAGGCUACAAGACAAGGGCUUUCUAUUUCAGAGCUAAAGAUACAAAGUUCAGACUGCCUUGAGGAUGAGCGUGCAUACUGCAACAACUGCAAAACUUCUAUUGUUGAUUUACACAGAAGCUGUCCUCUAUGCUCAUAUGAUCUUUGCCUCAUCUGUUGCCGAGAAAUUCGAGAUGGACGCCUGCUGGGAGCUAGAGAGGAAGUGAUUUUUAAGUAUAUCAAUCAGGGCCUAGACUAUUUGCAUGGUGGAAAAGGGGAUACUGUAGAUCUGCCUUCUGAAGUUAACACCAAGUUUCAUGCAGGGUCAACAUAUGACUGGAAAGCAAAUUCAGAUGGAAGCAUUGUUUGCCCCCCAGAAAACAUGGAUGGUUGCGGUCAUAGUUUUCUAGAAUUGAGAUGCAUGUUUGCUGAAAAUCACGUCAGAGAGUUGGUGAAGAAAGCUGAAGGAAUCGCUCAAACUUACAAACUUAUGCAUGUGGCUGGAACUUCUGCACAUCAGUGUUCAUGUUGCAACUCUGUCAGUGGUGUUGACAUGAGCAGCAAUAAGUUAAGGGAAGCAGCUUCUCGAGAGGGAUCGGAUGACAACUAUUUGUACUGUCCAAGAGCUACUGAUAUUCAACAUGAAGAUUUUAAGCGUUUUCAAUGUCAUUGGAUCAGAGGUGAGCCUGUGAUUGUGAGCAAUGUGCUUGACACUGCAUCAGGUUUAAGCUGGGAACCGUCGGUCAUGUGGCGCGCUUGUCGUCAGAAACAUACUAGGCAUGAUAAACUGAAAAAUAAUAGGCAUGUCAAUCAAGUGAAGGUCAUUGAUUGCUUGGAUUGGUGUGAGCUAGAUAUCAAUAUCCGCCAAUUUUUUACUGGAUAUUCAAAAGGCCGUUUUGAUAGGCAAAUGUGGCCUCAGAUGCUGAAACUCAAUGAUCCAUCCCUGGAUGACUCUUGUCAGAAGCGCGUUCCUCGUCACUGUGCUGAGUUCAUUUGUUGCUUGCCAUUUAAGGAAUAUACUCACCCCUGCAGAGGCGUUUUGAACCUUGCUGUGAAUUUGCCUAUGGGAUGUGUAAAGCCAGAUAUGGGGCCGAAGAUGUAUAUUGCUUAUGGUGUUUCCCAGGAGCUUGGACGUGGAGACUCUGCAACCAAGCUUCACUACAAUUGCUGUGAUGUGGUGAACAUUUUGACAAAUACUACUGAAGUGACCCUUACUCCCAAGCAAAUGGAGACUAUGAAAAGGUUAAAAAAGAAGCACAUUGAACAAGACAGAAGGGAAAUUUUUGGAAAUUUUCAGACCGUGGAAGAAAAUGUUGAUAGUAACCAGCCUGGCGAUUCUGGUGUGUCUAGGUUGAAUGGUGAAAGUUUUUCAGAGGGUUCCAAGUCCGAAAAGAAUAUAGUGGGUGGUGCUUUAUGGGAUAUUUUCCGGCGUGAAGAUGUUCCUAAGCUGAACGAUUAUCUCCAGAAGCACUGCAAGGAAUUCAGGCAUACUUUCUGUUGUCCAGUGCAGCAGGUUAUUCAUCCCAUACAUGACCAAACCUUUUAUCUGACAAUGCAGCACAAAAGGAAGCUGAAGGAAGAAUAUGGGAUUGAACCGUGGACAUUUAUCCAGAAACUUGGAGAUGCUGUUUUAAUUCCUGCAGGAUGUCCACACCAAGUGAGAAACUUGAAGCCAUGCAUUAAAGUUGCACUUGAAUUUGUCUCGCCUGAAAAUGUUGGUGAGUGCAUUCGGUUGACCGAUGAGUUCCGCACACUUCCAAAAAAUCACAGGGCUAAAGAGGACAAAUUGGAGGUAAAGAAAAUGAUUUUGCAUUCUGUCCAUCAGGUUGUGGAGAAGUUGGAUACAAAUAUGAGACAUGGAUUGGGAAAUGAAGCUGUAGAAAGACCAAAAAAAGGAGAGAAGAGGAGGAAGUCGAAGCUGUUGACAAGAAGGCCACGGAAGGAAGGGGUGAAGAAUAGGAGGUCCAAAGUUGUUGAGGAGCAGCAUUCACUGCGCCCUCUUGAACAAUGCAGAAAUUUACGUGCAUGGAGAGAGGAAGAAUCUUCCGGACAACAAGAAAGAAUGGAAAACGAGGAGGUUCAAGUUGUAGAGGAGCGUUCACUGCCCCCUAUUGAACAAUGCAGAAAUGUGGAUGCAUGGAGAGAGGAAGAAUCUUCCAGACAACAAGAAGGAAUGGAAAUUGAGGUUCAAGUUGUUUUGGAGCAGCAGUCUUCACAGCCACCUGUUGAACUAGGUAGAAUUGAACAUGCAUGCAGAAGGGAAGAAGUUGGAGGACAGACAGAAGGAAGUGGUGAUGAGGAAGUGGCCCACGGAUCCGAGGAGCAGCGAUUCUUACUUCCUGCGCUGCCCCCUCUUGAACAAUGCAUAAAUGUGCAUGAGGAAGAAUCUUCCGGACAACAAAAAGGAAUGGAAAUGGAGGAGGUUCAAGUUGUUGAGGAGCAGCGUGCAAUACCCCCUCUUGAACAAUGCAGAAAUGUGCAUGCAUGGAGAGAGGAAGAAUCUUCCGGACAACAAGAAGGAAUGGAAAUUGAGGAGGUUCAAGUUGUUUUGGAGCAGCACACUUCACAGCCACCUGUUGAACUAGGUAGAAUAGAAAAGGCAUGCAGAAGGGAAGAAGCUGGAGGACAGACAGAAGGAAGUGGUGAUGAGGAAGAGGCGCAAGGAUCCGAGGAGCAGCGAUUCUUACUUCCUGCACAUUCCACUGUUCAAGAGCGAAGCAUUGGACAUGCAUGGAGAGAGCUAGAAGGUGGAGGACAACAACAAAAAGGAAGGGCAAAAGGGGAAGAGUCAGUUGCGAAGAAGCCUCCACAAUCAUCACAGUCUGAAGAAGAGGAUGAUGUGAUUAUUGUGGAGAAGCCUCCACAAUCAUCAGAGUUUGCAGAAGGAGAUGAUGACGUGGUUAUUGUGGAGAAGCCUUCACAAUCAUCACAUUCUCGAGUCUCUAGACGCACUAAUGUUGGUCUUGUUACAAUGGUGAAGUAUCUCGAUAACCUCACUGAGCGCAUUACACAUUUUGAACAGACAACUGAACAGAGGGAUAGAAUACAGAAUCCUGAAUUCCAGCAUAUCCGUUCAGAGCUUUUGACUUUAGCUUCCCAUCUUGGUUACACAACUCACCCGAGAGAGCCUGAUAUCCCACUACAAUUGUCUCAGUCACCAAAAGAAGGCUGUCCGCCUCUCUUUGUUUACCGAAGAAGAUCCACCGGGUAAAGAUUUUUAGAUUUAGGAUUUGUUUCUUGUCUUGGAUGAUGCAUACAAGCUUUGGAUUAACGGACUUUCUGUGUUAGUGUAGUUAAUUAAGCAGUGACUUAUUAUGUUGAGAUCCACUGAACGAUUACAGUUGAUUAUGGAAUCAAAAUUCUAGCUC